ACUGAGUACGAGCUGCCGUGUCCGUGUGUGUGCGCGCGUAUAUAUAUCUUCGGCAUUUGCACACCAACCGGGCUUUUAACCAACGCUGCGCCACGAGGGCUGCCUGCCGCCCCCUCUCCUGAUUCCUCAUUCCUCACACGAUUUCCGGCGAUUUUUAUGUGAUCUCACGGCGUCCGUCAUACAUAUUGUUCUUCCUCGUCUGUCCUCUGUUUCUUCAUCUUAGCCGGUUCUUGAAUCGCUUCGCGUUCACUCCAUGGACAUCUAGGCAUCUAGCUCCUCCCUGACGAAAGCCUUUUUGCUGAAUUCGGGACCGGGGUUCGAUGGGGUGCUUCGCCUUCACGAGCGCCGGCAAGAAGAAGCAGAAGGAGCCGCGGAAGCGGCCUGCUAGCGGCACCGAGUCGCCGGCGCCCACGUCGUCGGGCGGGGAGACGAAGAGCAAGGCUUCGUCGGCGUCGACGCCGACGAGGAGCAUACAGGAGCUGUCGGAGGAGAGGGGCGCGCAGCGGCUUCGUGUGUUCGGGCUGGAGGAGCUCGGCAGCGCCACCAACGGCUUCAGCCGCGCGCUCAAGGUCGGCGAGGGCGGCUUCGGCUCCGUCUACCGCGCCUUCUUCCGCUCCGCCGGCGCCGGCGGCCGGGUCGUCCUCGCCGUCAAGCGCCUCAACCAGCGCAGCCUGCAGGGGCAUAAGCAGUGGCUCGCCGAAGUCCAGUUCCUGGGCGUUCUGGAGCACCCGAACCUGGUGAGGCUCAUCGGCUACUGCGCCGUGGAUUCAGAAGAAGGCAAGCACAGGCUGCUGGUGUACGAGUUCAUGCCCAACAAGACCCUGGACGACCAUCUCUUCAGCCGAGCCCACCCCCCGCUCCCCUGGCGAACCAGGCUGCAGGUCAUGAUCGGCGCCGCCCGCGGCCUCGAUUACCUCCACCAAGGAGUCCAAGAAGUCCAGGUGAUAUACAGGGAUUUCAAGGCGUCCAACGUGCUGCUGGACGCCGAUUUCAAGCCCAAGCUGUCGGAUUUCGGGCUGGCCAGGGAAGGGCCAACGGAAGGAAGAACACACGUCUCCACCGCGGUGGUGGGGACGCAGGGGUACGCGGCGCCGGACUACAUCGAGACGGGGCACCUGACGGUGAAGAGCGACGUGUGGGGGUUCGGGGUGGUGCUGUACGAGAUCCUCACGGGGCGGCGGUCCGUGGAGCGGAGCCGGCCGGCGGACGAGCAGAAGCUGCUGGGAUGGGUGCGCCGCCACCCGCCGGACGGGGACAGCUUCAGGUCCAUCAUGGACCCGCGCCUCGGGGGGCGGUACCCGGCGGGGGCCGCCCGUGACGUGGCCAGGCUCGCCGACCGGUGCCUUGUCAAGAACCCCAAGGAGCGGCCUGGCAUGGCGGAGGUCGCGGAGGAGCUCGAAAGGGUGCUCAAGAUGGAGGCGGCUCCUCCGGCGGCGGCUAGGGGGUGACGGAACCUGGACGAUGGCUGCAGGAUGACAGGCUGAAUGCUAGUAGCAGUGAUUCAUUCGGAGGACACAAAGAGGAGAUAUUGGCAGAGUGAGAGUUGCAGAGAGAUCUGACGGAAUGAAGGCUGUAAAACUAGUUUAAAAAGUUUGGUUAUGCACAAUUGUCCAUACCAUACGGACAAUGACGGUGAAUAUAUUAUACCCUGUCCGUUUCAUAAUUUUCGUCGAAAUAUUACAUGAGAUGGAGUAUGACGCAAUGAGCAUGAA